CUCUGCAGGCCGGCUACAGCGCAGCCUCCGCUCCGCUCCGCUCCGGGCGCGUCACGGCAAACCCGUGGAGUCCGCGUGCUCCCUUCCUCUGUUAAAAAAAAAAGUGCGCACUCAGCCGGAUAAGCCCGUCAUCUGCAGGGGAGAAGACGCACCACGGACGCCGGCACACUUGGCCGAGAGGAAGAAACAAAAAUAAUACAUACAAUAAAAACCAAAAAAAAAAAAAAAGAACAUUAUGAUGUUGAAGCAGCACCUGCUCUUCGUGCUCUGCAGCGUCUGCGGGACUGUCGUUAAAGAGGCGGCAACAAAAAACAAAGCGAAAGGCAGUCAGGGCCAGUUUCCUGUCACCCAGAAUGUGACAGUGGUGGAGGGGAGCACAGCCAACAUGACCUGCCGUGUGGAUUACAACGAUAACACCUCCCUCCAGUGGUCAAACCCUGCACAGCAAACCCUUUUCUUUGGGGACAAGAAAGCACUGAGGGACAACCGGAUUGAGCUGGUUCGAGCCUCAUGGAAGGAACUUACCAUCAGCAUCAGUGAAGUGACUCUUUCAGAUGAGGGUCAAUACACUUGUUCACUCUUCACCAUGCCCAUCAAGACCUCCAAAGCCUUCCUCACUGUUCUGGGGGUGCCAGAGAAACCAGAAAUCACUGGCUUCACAAGACCUGCUGAGGAGGGAGAGGAUGUCACACUCACAUGCAUAACAACUGGAAGCAAACCAGCCGCCGACAUCCGAUGGUUCAGAAAUGAUAAAGAGGUGCAAGGUGUGAAGGAGGUGAAUGCCACAGGCAGGUCUUUCACAGUGAAGAGCACCAUACACCUCCAAGUGGACCGGAAAGAUGAUGGAGCUGCGUACACCUGUAGUGUGGAACACGUUGCCCUGAGCUCCACUCCUCACCAAGUCACAGAAGUGCUGGAGGUCUAUUAUAGACCUCAGGUAGAGAUUGUUCCCUCUUUAAUGGUGCCACAGGAAGGACAGUACUUCAAACUGGAGUGUUCAUCUAAAGGCAACCCCUUACCUGACCGAGUGUUAUGGACAAAAGACGGUGGGGUACUUCCUGAUGUCGAGCGAAUGAUCGUGGAAGGCAGAGAACUAAUCAUCACAAACCUCAACAAAACAGACAAUGGCACAUACCGGUGUGAGGCAAGAAACCAUCUUGGGACCAACAGUGAUGACUAUGUACUGUUUGUGUAUGCCAAAAACUUACCAGGUACUUCAGACCCAAAUGCAUUGACCCAGCAUGGUCCUGAUCACGCGCUGAUCGGAGGAGUGGUGGCUGUGGUGGUCUUCAUCACACUGUGCUUCAUCAUCGUCCUGGGCCGCUAUCUGGCCAGGCAUAAAGGGACAUACUUAACCAAUGAGGCCAAAGGAGCGGAGGACGCCCCUGACGCAGACACGGCCAUCAUCAAUGCGGAGGGGAACUACGCACAUGCAGAGGAAAAGAAAGAAUAUUACCAGGGAGCGGCAAGAAAUGUGGUUCAUCUCAAGUCGGAAAACCUUGGCUUUGCCAAUAAUUACGCUUUAAGGCAAGAAUAUGUGCGCUGCAUAAUGUGAAUAUUUAUUGUCUGUUCUUUUUUCUUUUUGUUUCUUUUUUUACAUUGUGAAAGUGAGUGUCCUCUGAAGUGUACGCCAUUACAAGAAUGUUAUAUAAAAGAUAAAAGACUGAACAUGGACAUCUAUGUAAUAUAUGGAUACCAAAAUACUGACAAAUUAAACAUGAAGUGAUAACAAUUGAAAGCACAAUUCAUAAUUGUUCCUGGCCUAAUGAAGCUAACAUAUAGCUUAUUGUGUUAUUAUAUAUGUCUGUAUAUCCUUGCUCUUUUCAUAUUUGGCCCUUAAUUUAUUUUGAAAAGUGAAAUAUUUAACACACAUAAGCACAAAUUCAUUGUUAAAUACCAUUGGUGUAGACAGUCUCAGGAUCAGACAACAAGCAUAGCUGCUUUUUUUCUUGUUGCUGUUUUUUUAUUUUAUUAUUUAUUUUUGUCUGUCUGCUUGACCAAUCAUUUCAUUCUUUAUAUGCGAAUUAUAAAUUUAUCAUGUAUUUUCAGUUUACUUCCCCAUGUUAAUAUUGCUGUACAUUACUUUGCUGAUGUGAUUAUUGGUGGAAAAUAUUGUUAAAAUAUGGGAUUCCAUAUAUGAACAUUUGUAUAUUAGAUAAUGCAAAGCCUACUUUCUGGACAUAGUUUAAGUCUUUUGAUUAAAUACCACUGUCGUUUGAGAAUCUCCUUCCACCGAAUAUCUAAACUUAUUCUGUGUCCAGAAAAACUUCUCAGAGUAAUUUAAAGUGUUCCAUACUUUUAUAAUUGCAUUCGCAUUAGUAACAUUUUUCCCCUAGCAUAAGGCAUGUAUAUAAUGUGAAUAAAUCAGUAUUUAGUAGUUUAUUUAAAUGAAUUUUAAAUCUUGAUUCCUCUUUUUUGUCACAUUUUUAGGUUAUAAACAUUUCACAAUAUUUCAUAUUUGUAUGUUAUCUCCUCAGUAUUAUUUAAUACUUUCUUGAAAAACUGAUAAACAAAUACAAUCUAUUAUUAUUAUUAUUAUUAUUUAGCUUUUAGAAGCAGGAUGAGUUCUUCAGUAGGUCAGAACAUUCACCGUUAUUGCCUUUGUGUUUGCAACAAAACAUAAGACACAUUGAAGCACUCAAUAAUCAGGCAGUUUUUGAAACAUGUUUUAGAUGUUCGUUAUUUAUUUCACUGUUUAUAACAUUACAUAGAGUUUAGACAUUUUGUAAAAGAAAAAAAAAGUACUUUAAUUUAGAAUUUGAUCUAUCGUUCUUUUUUGUUUGUUUGUUUCUGACUGGAUUAAAAAAAUGGAGGUUUGCUUUUGCACAAUUACAUAUCCAAUUUCCAAACUAUGCCACUGUAAAAAAGAGAAAAUGUACUCAGAGUAAAAUGUACUUAUAGCUGCUCUUUACCAUGCAAACAGAAAUAUGUGUAGAUAUUGUGCCAAUUCAGUCAGUUUCAGAUAACAAAACAACAGGAAAGUAAUUCAGUUGGGUUACUUUUAGUUUUUUUUGUCAAUGGUGGUAUUAUUAGUAUUAUCUAUUUAUUUAUUUUUGACUAGGUUGGCUUUUUGCUGCCAUCUAGUGAUCAAAUGAUCAAACAUUCCAUGGCACUGCAAAUUAACACGAGAUGUCAAAGCAAUCGAUAUUCCAAAUGACCAUAAAUAACAAACUGUAAUAUUUUACAUCAUAAAUAUACAUCAGUAAUAUUCUUUUCCCUCUGUAGCCCUACAUUGUGCUUAGGCAAUCUACACAUUUUAUAACAGUUUUAAGGAGAAUGUCAGGGAGGUGGUAAGCUAUUCUUCACUGGCAGAGACCAGAUAUUCAGUGUGUAUUAAAAAAUAAUAAUAAUAAAGGGCAACACUAUUCUGCUCUCUUCUGUAUAGUUUUCAGUCUCACUAUUGCAAAACACUUUACCACAGGACUCAUAAAAUGUGUACAUACAUAAAAUGCUGUCAGACUUAUAAGACACAGUUACUCUGAAUAGUUUUUUCUACACACAAAAAAUACUUAGCAAGUAAGAAAUACAACACAGACCUUUUCCUCUGUCCAUGUUUGCUUUUUAAACAUUUAUGAAAUAAAAUAACUUUGCUUUC